UAUAACCAUACGUAAAAACGUUAUAGAUCACAUUAUAGAGCAAGGUUUAAGAUUCAUGAAAGUAUGAAUAUGAUUUUAAUAGACAAUUGUGUUUAGUUACUUAUCUAUAAGCGCAGGCAAGAUUAUAUAAAAAAGGGCAGGGUUCAAACUUGUGAAUUAUUCAAUCGGUUAGUGUAUGCGGAACAACAUCAUUUAUUUCCUAUUUUUCGCGUUGAAGGUUACAUCGAGAAUUGUAAAUAAGGAAACUAUAGCUAUCACGAGUUACUACGAGACCACCACUAACGACAGCUUUGUUUUCUUAUUGAGUUCCGACUGCAUAGAAGAUAAUAUUUAUUCGAUAAGAACCACAGAUAGUGCAUUGAAAGGUGAUAUUUCCAGGAAUAUUUUUAAAUCAAUUUACUUUUAGAAAUGUUAUCAAUGUUUCUCAAUAAAUUUUUAGUACAAUACGUGUAGUAGACAAAAAUUGUCAAUUCAAUUAUAAAAAUUAUUAUUUACUUUGUAUUCUUUUAAUUACAAAGAUGACAAAACUUAAAGCAUUACUUGCUUUGCUUUUACUACUGGCCAGAAAUUCAAGGACUCUUCCUCUCGAAGAUGAAAGUUCGAAGGAGAAUGAAAAUAUGGAAGAGGAACUACCCGAAGCUUCAUAUCGUUUAAGUAGCAACGUGGUGCCCAUACAUUAUGAUAUCAAAUUAAUACCGUAUUUGGAGGAGGAUAACUUCACCUUUGAUGGAGAGACAAACAUCCAUCUUAAUCUACGAAAAGUGACCCAGACUUUGGAUUUCCACACUAAAGAAUUAACGUUCGAUGAAACUGAGACGUAUGUAGAAAGGGAAGAUGGUCAGAAAUACAAACCGAUCGAUUUCACGUAUGUCAACGCAACGGAAAUCAUGACGAUGAGUUUCGAGAAAGUUAUGCAAGAAGGCCUGUACACGUUCCAUAUCAAGUUCACGGGUAUUCUCAACGAUGAAUUAUCGGGAUUUUACAGAAGCUCUUACACGAACGAUAAUGGCGAAAGAAUAUGGCUAGCAACAACACAAUUUCAAGCGACGUCCGCUCGACGAGCUUUUCCAUGUUGGGACGAGCCCUCUUUGAAAGCGACGUUCAACGUUUCCAUAAAACAUCAAGCGAACUACACAGCCCUCUCGAAUAUGCCGGCUUACGAGCGAUCGAUGAUAGACGAAAACGAUGGAAAGGUCUGGACACAUUUUCAAAGGACUCCCGUGAUGUCCACUUACAUCCUAGCUUUUGUCGUAUCAGAUUUUGUUAAAAUUUCGAAUGCUGAUGGUACGAUUAAUGUUUGGUCAAGAAAAGACGUCAUUUCUUUGAUCAACUUCGGUUAUGAAUUCGUUCAAAAAGCUGUUGUCCUUCUCGAAGAAUAUACGAACAGUUCGGUGCGCGUACCAAAAAUGGAUCAUGUCCUUAUUCCUGAUUUUCUUCAUGGAGCCAUGGAGAACUGGGGCCUCAUAACUUACUCCGAGGAAAGGUUCCUAUAUGAUCCGAAUGAAAAUUCUCUGAUAGAAAAAACUUGGACGGCAAUGAUCAUUAGUCACGAAUUGACGCAUCAGUGGUUCGGUAAUGUUGUCAGUCCUACUUGGUGGGAUCACAUUUGGUUAAAUGAGGGCUUCGCAUCGUUCUUUCAAUAUUAUAUCACCGACAAGAUCUUUCCAAGUUGGAAAUUGAUGCAAUCGUUCGCGUCAAGUAUGCAACAAAAUAGCUUUAGAAUCGACGUGCAUCCCUACGACGACCCCAUCGGUCGGAACGUGAGUAAACCUGAGGAUAUCGAGAAUCGUUUCUCCAGUGUACAAUACACGAAGACACCAUCAUUAUUGCGUAUGUUGUUGCACAUUGUCACUGACGAAGUUUUUCAUACCAGUCUCAUUAAUUAUCUUCAAAAAUACCAAUAUAGCAACGCUCAACCCGACGACUUAUGGUAUCAAAUUCAAAAUGGUAUAGAUGAGACACCAGAAAUACCACGCGGUAAAUUUCGUGUGAAAGAAAUGAUGGAUACUUGGAUAUAUCAAAGCAGUUAUCCUCUCGUAACAGCAAAAAGAAAUUAUAUCACUGGCGAGGUUACGAUCACUCAAGAAAUUGUUAAACAUCACGUUAGUACCGACAAUGUGACUUCGACUGACGAAAGUGAUAUAAGUAAGCGCAACAGAUGGUGGAUACCUAUAAAUUAUGCAACGAGGACGAAUAAUAACUUUUCGUCUACGCUACCUGUUUACUGGUUGGAUCCAAAGAAUGAUAGCAUUACUAUCAACGGUAUCGAUGCCGAUGAUUGGAUAAUAUUAAACGUACAACAAACCGGACACUAUCGUGUUAAUUAUGAUGACACAAAUUGGAUAAAGUUGGCUGAGUAUCUAAAUUCACCUGACUACGAAAAGAUACACGUUAUUAACCGAGCACAGAUCAUUCAAGAUUCUUAUAACAUGUUCAUUGAGAAGAAGAUGAAUUUAACGACAUUCUUAGAGUUGUCCAAUUAUUUAUCACGCGAAGUGGAUUAUAUUGUAUGGUGUCCAAUAUUCGACAUAUUUAUUGAAUCUAUAGAAUUUUUAUUAGAAACCACCGAGGGUAGCAAACUUAUUAAGCCAUAUAUUUUGAAUUUAAUGAAUAACAUCAUCGAAAGUGUGGGUUUUGAUUUUGAUGAUGAUGAUGAUUAUAUAACUCGAUUGACAAAAACAAGCGUUAGAAAGUGGGCUUGUCAUUUUGAUCAUAUCGGAUGUGUGAUGAAAGCCAAUACCGAAUUAAUAGCACUUUUGGAGUCUUCUGAGGAAAGCGAUUAUCCGUUUGAUCUGAAACAAUCGGUUUAUUGUUACGGAAUGAAUAAUGCAAACGAAUCUACAUGGAAUAAGUUUUUAGAAAUACAUAGGGGCGACACUAUGUUGAUUGGACGUUCUUUAGCUUGUAUCAAAAAUAUGUCUAUCAUUGAAAAUUAUUUGAAUACGAUUAUAGCGGAAAAUUCGUCCUUCACCACGGAAGAUUACUGCGAUAUUUUUGAAUCAUUAUUUUACAAAGGAUCAUAUACGACAGAUUUAAUGACUGAUUUCGUUAUGAAAAAUUGGAACGUAUUUAAUUCUCGUUCAAAUUUACAAACUGCUCUGUCUAAGUUUAUGAUAUUAUCAGCUACGAACAAGAAUAAGUUACAAGAGAUAAAAUCGUUUCUGGAAAAUAAAGAAAAGGAUAUGACGAAAUCUAUAAAGGAAAGAGAAAAAAUUCUUACGAGGUACGAGCGAAUAUUUAAUGAGUUUCGUGCAUGGCGUAAGAGUAAAGAAAAUAUAAAUUAAAAGAAUGCAUAGUUCAAUUGUAAAUUAAUAUAAAUUCUGCCUAAGUAUUAAAGAAUU